AUGGAAUGCUUGAACUCAGAGGACGUAGCUCGAGAAACUGAACUUGAGCAAAAUUUAUCAAAUGGCGUGUUGUUAGCCAGACUUGCUCAUUCAUUUGCGCCUGAUAUUGUUCCAUUAGCAAAAAUUUUUGAUUUUGAACAAGAAGGUCAACCUUGCUAUCGACAUACAGAUAAUAUCAGCUUAUGGAAAGAUGCUGUUAGAAGCAUUCAUUUUCCAGAGAUUUUAAUCCCUGAUACAGUAGAUAUUUAUGAAGGUCGUAAUGUUAAAACAAUAUUCACUUUGCAUGCGCUUGGCAAACAUUUGCAUCGGAUGCGUCGUGGGCCACGUAUUCAGCGUGAAAAUAACCUUCAAUUUUCACCAAAAAUACUUAAUGACGUACGUGAACGAUUAAAAGACAAUGACUUAUCCUUGUUCGGCAAUAUUGAUGCGAUACUUGCAACUACUCCAGAGGAUUUGAAUGCCCAUAUUAAGGCGGUGAUGGAACUAAACAAUAGCAUCGAUGAUAAGGUAAAUAAUUCUAUUUUCACAUUAUUAGAUAUUUUUUCAUUAUUAUCAAAAAAUAAUGAUAGCAUAGAACAAGAAUUGUUUAAAAUUUGUCGUAAAAACGUUUAG